AUGUCUACAUCGCUGUCCAACAUCGAUGUCAUCGAGCCCACAUUUGACCAGGCAGCUCACGACGCUGUCGACGUCGAUAUAUGUCUUUUAUUUGGCCGAGGUCGACGCCAUGUCGGAAAAUUAGGUGGAUAUGGGAUUAUUGUUGAAGACCCACCCACCGACGGAAAUACUGACCCAUAG